UUGCCCUGUAACCGUUGCUUGGCAACGCCGCCGCAGCGCAGCCAUGGCGGACGAGGACCUGCCCGUGGUCUCCUUCGGGAGCCUCAUGACCGAGGGGACGAUCCUGAGCCGGCGCGGCCAGCACGACAAGGCUCUGGGCUGCUUCAAUGACGCACUGAAGCUGAGAGCAGGAGACAAGCACUGCCUCAUCACCCGCUCCAAGUGCUUUCUGAAACUUGGAGACACAGAAAACUCCUUGAAAGAUGCUGAAGCCUCGCUCCAAAUUGACAAUGCAUUCUCCGAGGGCCUUUACCAGAAAGCAGAGACGCUGUACACCAUGGGGGACUUUGAGUUUGCUCUGGUGUUUUACCACCGAGGCCGAAGGCUCCGCCCCGACCUGCACAAGUUCCAGCUCGGCAUCAACAAGGCUGAGGAGGCCAUUAUCAACUGCAUUGGGAAUCCAUCCUCGGUGAAGCUGGAGAGCAAGGAGGAGCUGUGCUUUGUGAGCAGGCAGGCAGAGCUGCAGAGCAAAAAAGCCAACCAGAAACAGCAAAACAAACCAAAGGAUCAAAAGGAUCAAAAACAGACAAAGAAGCAGAGUCCAAAAACAGAGCGACAGCUUCUGGGACAGCUUUAUGCUGACAAGGCAUACCUGGAGAAGUUGCUCAAGGAUGAAGACUUGAUGCAGAGCAGCACAAGGCAGGGGAUCAAAGUCAUGGACCUGGUUUUGAGUGGCAUCUCCUACCUGAACCAGCGGCGGGACUUCUGGCAGCAGCAGAAGCCGAUUUACGCCCGGGUGUACGAGCGCAAGGUCCUGCGGCAGGGCCGGAUGCACGACAAGAAACAGAAACCGUCCGACAUUGCCAGAUCCAUCGCAAAGAAUAUGGAGGAUAUUGAGCUGUUGCUGGCCAGAGGUUCUGCUGAGGAAAGCUGCAGGAAAGCUGAGCGUAUGCUGAAAAAGAUACAAGCGUGGUCAGAGAAUGAAGUUCCCAACAAGAAUGAACUGAUUGGGAACCUCCACAGCUGCAUUGGGAAUGCACAGUUGGCAAUGGGACAGAUGGAGGCAGCUUUGCGCAGCCAUAAGAUGGAUCUGAAUUGUGCCAGGCAGAACGCUCUGACGGACGCCGUGUCCCGGGCCCUGGACAACAUCGGCCACGUGUACGCCCGAAUCGGCAAGUUCCAGCAGGCCAUCAACACCUGGGAGGAGAAGAUUCCACUGGCCCAAUCGAGCCUGGAGAAGGCCUGGCUGUUCCAUGAAAUUGGGCGGUGCUACCUUGAGCUGGAUAAAGCUGAAGUAGCCCAAGAUUAUGGCCAGAAGUCCCUGCAGUCAGCAGAUGAAGAGGGAGAUGUGGAGUGGCAGCUCCACGCCACCGUGCUGGUGGCACAGGCGCAAGUGAAACUGAAAGAUUACCGGUCUGCAAUCCUGAAUUUUGAAAGGGCUCUGGAGAAGGCAAAGCUUGUUCCCAGUGAAGCUGCUCAAAAUGGCAUCAUUGCGGCCUUAGAUAACGUGAGCAAAAGCUUCAUUGCAGAGCUGAACAAAGACCACAAAGACAGCACGGUUCACUCACGUGAAGAUCGCCUCUUCAGCAGUGAAAACAUAAAAACCACCACCGAGAACGUGGAAGAGGAGGAGCAAAGGAAUCGAGAUCAAAAGCCAUAAGAGGAAACCAGAAACGAUAUAUAAGCAGACAGAAACGAUACGUAAGCAGAUGGAAGGGGGGAAACGGACAAGGAAAUAAAGGAGAGCAGUGGGGUAAAGUAGACCCUAGGCGGGAAGUUGAAAUAAAUAUUGAGCAAGCGUCGUACCCA